AGAUGAAUCGAUUUGACAACGUCGCAAUGCUUGAUUGUUGGUAGCAGUGAGCUCAGCAAUUUCUGGCGGGUAAAAGAUAGCGACGAUUAUAAAAGAUGGCGAUAUCUCGAAACGAUGAUGAGUAACGUAGUUUAGCCAGACUUAUGACAAAGAAAAAAGAAGAACAGGAAGAAACUGAAAAUACUGUGUUGUGAAACAAAGAAAGUUGAAUUUUGCAGAAGAAACAGAAGAAAAAGUUAUCGAAAGAUUACACAUCAAGAAAUAUCAACAAUGACUGCUAUUAUAUUUGACCUGGAGACUACAGGGUUUGGUCCCAAUGCAGAAAUUAUCCAAAUUGCAGCUAAAUAUCACAAUCAAGAAUUCAACGUCUAUAUCUUCCCAUCGAAUAGUAUACCGACAAUAGUUUCUAAUAUAACAAAUUUGUCAAUUGAAGAUGGACAACUGAUUUUGGACAGCGAGAAUGAAUAUCGCCGUCUUGAUACAGAAUCACCACGAAUGGCCUGCGAGUUAUUUAUCUCGUUUUUGAAGAAUAUAUCGCAUGAUAUUAUUCUUGUAGCUCACAAUGGAGAAAGGUUCGAUGCCCCUUUAAUCGUAAAGACAAUGAACGCAGUCGGAUUACUCAAAGAAUUCGGAUCCAUCGUAAAAGGAUUCACUGAUUCUUUAUCCAUAUUCAAGGACCGCAAAGAAUUAGCUUUCCGUAAAAAAAAAGGAAAAGGAGGAUUCAGUCUAUCGGCUCUUGCUAACGAUUAUCUAGAACCUGAUAGUACAAGAGGAGCACAUAAUGCGGUUGUAGAUGUUCAAAUGCUUGAUAAUCUACUAAAAAAAUUUGCGAUAAAAGAGACAGAACUAAUCAGCUGUGUUGUACCGUUCUCUUCAAUUGUAAAUGCUGAUCGUAUUCGGAAAGAAAAAGAAGAAAAAAAAAAUGCUAUGUUUGUCAUAAUGGAACCAUUCGGGAUAUCCAAAAAUAUGAUAAAAAAAAUUGUGACUGCUGGUCUCACUUUAGAUCAGCUUGAGAUGACAUUCAAUGAUUAUGGAGAAGAUGGCAUUACUAUGCUGCUAGGUGAAGAUGUUGACGGAAACCCUAGAGUAACAAAAAACAAAACGAUCCUACGUAAGCUCUGCAAUGCUCUUCGAACUCGAUUGGGCUAAUCUAAUUUGACGAUUGCAUGAAAAUAAAUAUUUUU